CAAAAUUCAUCAAGCAGCGAAAGCAUUCAAAAAACAUAUUUUCAAUCAAAUUUGCAUACCAUUUUCUUUAAUUUAGUGAAAGUUAAUUACUAUGGCUCCUGAGCUAAUUAGUGCUAAUCUUGUUGCUAAUCCCAACUCAUUAGCUAAGCAAGCUAGUAUAUCUAGUUGUGCAUAUGUGACUUUUUUGGCUGGUAAUGGGGAUUAUGUGAAAGGUGUUGUGGGUUUAGCCAAAGGGUUAAGGAAGGUUAAGAGUAAGUACCCAUUAGUGGUGGCUAUCUUGCCGGAUGUGCCGGAGGAUCACCGGAAAAUAUUGGUUUCUCAAGGGUGUAUUGUGAAGGAAAUUGAGCCUGUUUAUCCACCGGAAAAUCAGACUCAAUUUGCCAUGGCUUAUUAUGUCAUCAAUUACUCCAAGCUUCGUAUUUGGGAGUUUGUGGAGUAUAGCAAGAUGAUAUACUUAGACGGAGACAUUCAAGUAUUCGACAACAUAGACCAUCUCUUCGACUUACAAGACGGUUACUUUUACGCUGUAAUGGAUUGUUUUUGCGAGAAAACAUGGAGCCACUCACCACAAUACCAAAUAGGUUACUGCCAGCAGUGUCCCGACAGAGUGACAUGGCCUGCUGACAUGGGUCCUAAGCCUCCACUUUAUUUCAAUGCUGGCAUGUUCGUUUAUGAGCCUAAUCUGUCCACGUAUGAUGAUCUGCUGACCGCUGUGAAGAACUCAACUCCUACACUUUUUGCUGAGCAGGAUUUCUUGAAUGUGUUCUUUAAGGAUGUUUAUAGGCCAAUUCCUCCGGUUUAUAACCUUGUUUUGGCUAUGUUAUGGCGUCACCCGGAGAACAUUGAGCUUGACAAGGUCAAAGUUGUGCAUUAUUGUGCUGCUGGCUCGAAGCCGUGGAGGUAUACCGGAGAAGAAGAGAACAUGGAUAGAGAAGACAUCAGGAUGCUGGUGAAGAAAUGGUGGGAAAUCUAUGAAGAUGAGUCAUUAGACUACCACAACACUAUCGGUGGCGGCGGUGUAGCUGAAGGUGGUGGUGUGCAGCCGUUCUUGGCAGCUCUAUCGGAGGCUGGAGUCGUCCACUAUGUGACUGCUCCGUCUGCCGCUUGAUUGGUGGUUGUGACGUGGAGUAUAUGAUCAAGUUAAAUACUAGAGUGCAACUUAUAAGUUAUAAUUUGUAUAGAAUAUAAUUAAGGUUUGCUUUAGAUACAAGAAAGACAAUUGUUUUUUUUAUUUUUAUUCAGGUUUAUGAAACCUCCAUGUAUAAUUAAAUGGAGGGUGGUUUUAUUUUGGGUUUGAGGAGGACCUUUUAUCCCUCCUUGUAAUACUUUUCUUAGUUACUUCACAAAUUAAUACAAACAUAAUUCGGAGUGUUUUUUUUAA